AUGGAGCAACUUCAAGAGAACCAAGUUGUCCUUCAGAAAGAAGUAUCCCAAAUACGGUCCCAAAUGCGGCAGUUGAUGGAGACUAUUCAAGCAGUCGCAAGAGGCCAAGACUUUAUGGCACAAAUGCAAGAAGAAAUGAACCAACGUGCCAGCACUACCAAUCCUCCUACCCCUCCAGCGGUCGAGACUCCGACUCCAGUUCCUCAAGUUGAUCCUCCAAUUAACAUUAAUGCACCUGGCGUUGUUCCAAACGACAAUCCUCGUCCUCAUGUUUUUGAGACAGACGACCAACUCGAUGCAUUCUUCAGCCCAAGGGAUGCUUCUCAGGAUGACGCCUUCGGUUCAGCAUCCAACAAGGUGGAGAGGAAGGUAAAGGCUAUCGAGGAAAAGCUCAAGGAAAUGGGGAGCACUGAUGUUUUAGGCCUUGAUGCGACAGAAAUGUGCUUGGUACCUGGGGUCAUCAUUCCGGCCAAGUUCAAAGUUCCGGACUUUGAAAAAUAUAGGGGAAAUAGCGACCCUAGGACACACAGUAGGGUAUACUGCCGAAAGAUGGCUACCUACUCCAGCGAUGAUAAACUUUUAAUGCAUUUUUUUCAGGAUUCCCUCAAUGGGGCAUCUUUGGAUUGGUAUAUGCAACUUGAGGGCAACCAUAUUCACACCUGGAGGGAAAUGGUUGAGGCAUUCCUCAAGCACUAUCAGUACAACACUGAUAUGGCACCUAAUCGUACGCAAUUGCAAAAUCUGACUCAGAGGUCUGAGGAGUCCUUCAAAGAGUAUGCCCAGCGGUGGAGGGAAUUAGCUGCUAGGGUACAACCCCCAUUGCUAGAAAGGGAACUGGUAGACAUGUUUAUGGGAAACCUGCAAGGUCCAUACCUUGAUAGAAUGGUAGGGAGCACCUCUUCGGGCUUUUCCGACCUAGUCUUAUCCGGUGAAAGGAUAGAAAAUAUGAUUAAAAUGGGAAAGAUCCAGAACUCUGCCAGUACUUCUAGUGCAUCGAAGAAACCUUUUGUUCCCUACGGUAAAAAACGAGAAGGCGAGACCAAUGUUGCCUCCAUCAUUCGAACAAGAAAUCCCACUUAUCCACAAGUAGCUACCAUAGCUCCCAUCCAACCAAGUCAACAACAACCAUUUGCAAUUCCUGUUCAAACUCAACAACAACAAUGGGAGUUAGGACCCCUACCAAAGGUUUUUCCUCCCGGUUAUGAUGCAAAUGCCCGCUGUGAAUUUCAUUUUGGCGCUCCUGGGCAUUCGAUCGAGAAUUGUAAAGCAUUAAAGUACAAGGUUCAAGAUCUUAUUGAUUCUAAGGCAAUCAUGUUCGCCCCCAAAUGA